GCGGGCAGCCGGGCAAGACAGGACAGACAGAGACAGGUGACAUCACCGCCGCCACCUCCACAACCCGCUCCGCAAACCUGCGGCGGCGGCGACGAAAUGGCGGAACCGGACUGGAUCCUGGAGAGGGAGCGGAGGCAGAUGGAGCAGAUCCUGGAGCUGGACAUGGAGGAGCUCCAGGUCGAGGAGGUCGACGACGCCGGCUCAUCCUCCUCCGACGUCGACACCUUCCUCAGAAAUACUCAUGGAGAUGGAGGGAUUAGCACUUCUGAGGACCUCACAGUUGAUACAUCUAUAGUUUCCUUGCAAGCUCACACCUAUCUUGGGGCGAAGGUUGAUGGUGGCCGAAGCAAAUUUGCUUUCUUGGAUGGUGACAAAGUCCUGAAUUUGCCGAUGUUUUAUCUUCAAGGUGUUGUUUUGUUUCCUGAAGCUUCCCUACCUCUUAGAGUAAUUCAACCUAGAUUAGUAGAAGCUAUUGACAAGGCUGUUAAUCAUGUUGAAGCUCCAUGCAUGAUAGGUGUGGUUCAUGCUUAUCGACGCGCAAAUGAUGGACAUCAUACUAUUGCUUCUGUUGGAACAACGGCGGAGAUACAGGAAAUUUGUCAGUUGGAUGAUGGUUCAUCAUGUGUUUUCUCUCGUGGUCAGCAGCGAUUUCGUCUUAUACGCCAUUGGUUGGACAAUGAUAGAGUACCAUGGGGUGAAGUCCGAAUUAUUGAAGAAGAUACACCUCAAAGAACUCCAAGAGAUGCUUUCGGACAGUUAGCUGCAAGUAACAGUUUCAGGCAAUGUGCUUCAUCAAUGUCCAGUGUGUACGUGUCAUGUUCUAAACAACUUGAUCAUGUGGAUUCUGAAAUAGAUGGGGGUUCUCUAUCACCCACUAGCACUUCAAGUGAUCACUCAGUAACAGAUAAAAGAGUAUAUCUUUCAGGUUUUCAGUCCAGUGGCUUGGUAAGUUGCGGUAGUUUGGAUGAAUCCUCAAAUGAAGAUGAAGACCCCAUACAUGAACAGUCUUGUUGCUGCCAUGAUUCUGUUAAAGAAAUUGAUGGGUGCGGUCAGCCAGAUAAGCAUACAAUCACGAGAGAUGAGGAUGAUCUUUGCUUCAGAUCCUUUUUGGGAGUAAGAAAGAAGGAUACUGAACAACAGAGAUACUUGUGUGGUGCUUAUAAUACAAAGAUGGCAUCACAGGCUCCAUUGUCAUUUUGGCCUCGCUGGGCUUAUGAGAUGUAUGAUUCAUAUUCACUUGCUCGGAGAGCUGCAGAUUUGUGGAGACAGGUAAUUGUAAACCCAAGCAUGGAUGAUCAUGUGAGAAAGCCAAAUCAUUUGUCAUUUUACAUUGGAAGCAAUCUUCCGAUCUCAGGAUCUCUGAGGCAAGAACUGCUUGAAAUUGAUGGAGUCUCGUACCGAUUACAGCGGGAGAUUCAGCUACUCAAAGCCUUCAAUAUCAUACGAUGUAGAAGCUGUCUGACUUCUAUUGCAAGACGAAGUGACAUGGUGAUGUUGUCCAGUGCCAACGCUAUUGGUUCUCUCAGUUUUAAAGAGAUGAUUACAGUUCACAAUGCCACUGGUCUUGGAUUGCGUGGUGAACCGUCCAAAAUUUACAGCUGGUUUCCAGGAUAUGCAUGGACGAUCGCCCUGUGUGCUGCCUGUGAGUCCAACAUAGGCUGGCUGUUCAGAGCCGACAAGAAGAACCUGCAUCCAAAAUCUUUCUGGGCGAUACGCACCACCCAAGUUUCGGAUGAUACGCAGGCAGGACAGGUCUGAUCAGAUCAUCCAUGAAUGACCUUCAUGACAGUGGAUUGCAGCAACCUCUUCAUUGCAAGAUGCAAGUUGCCUGCUUUAACUUCCUGUAAAUACAAAAGGGUUUUCAGCAAAAAGGUUGGAUCCCGAAAGGGAAGAGUUAUAAAGAACAUGUUACUUGUGAGAGUGCACUGUAAAGAACAUGUUACUUGUGAGAGUGCACAUUUCACAGUGCUGUACAUAUUUUGCGGUUUGCGGCAGCGUUCAGAGUUUGCCGUUUGUGGCAGCAGCUGCUACUAAUUUCGUUAUACUUGUUGCUGGUGUCAUUGUCAUCCAUGUAGCUAUCAAUUUAUCAAAGAGUUGAAAGAGGAAAAAAAUGUGUUCCGAACAGUGUUCA